AUGGUCAGCUCCUGUUGUGGCUCUGUCUGCUCUGAGGAGGGCUGUGGCCAAGGCUGCUGCCAGCCCAGCUGCUGCCAGACCACCUGCUGUAGGACCACCUGCUGUCGUCCCAGCUGCUGUGUGUCCAGCUGCUGCAGACCUAGCUGCUGCCAGUCUUUGUGCUGCCGCCCCAGCUGCUGCAUUUCUAGCUGCUGCAGGCCUCCCUGCUGCCGCCCCAGUUGUUGCAUUUCUAGCUGCUGCAGGCCUUCCUGCUGCCGCCCCACCUGUUGCAUUUCUAGCUGCUGUAGGCCUUCCUGCUGCCAUCCCACCUGUUGCAUUUCUAGCUGCUGCAGGCCUUCCUGCUGCCGCCCCACCUGUUGCAUUUCUAGCUGCUGUAGGCCUUCCUGCUGCCGCCCCAGCUGCUGCAUUUCUAGCUGCUGUAGGCCUUCCUGCUGCCGCCCCAGCUGCUGCAUUUCUAGCUGCUGCAGGCCUUCCUGCUGCCGUCCCACCUGUUGCAUUUCUAGCUGCUGCAGGCCUUCCUGCUGCCGCCCCAGCUGCUGCAUUUCUAGCUGCUGCAGGCCUUCCUGUUGCCGCCCUAGCUGCUGCAGACCCAGCUGUUGCAUUUCUAGUUGCUGCCGCCCCAGCUGCUGCAGACCUCAGUGCUGCAUCUCCAGCUGCUGCCGCCCCAUCUGUUGCCAGACCACCUGCUGCAGGACCACCUGCUGCCGCCCAGCAUGCUCCAGUGCUUCUUGCUGCUGA